AUGAACAACAAUAAUAAUGGGAUAAAUAGCGAAAACGGGACUCAAGGUUCGAUGACAUUGUCGACUUUCUUAAAGGUUAACCUGCCAAAGUUCAAAGGAACAACCAAUCCGACUGAAGCCGAUACUUGGUUUCAGACUAUGGAGCGAGCACUGCAAGCGCAGCUGGUGCCUGAGGAGCAGUGCAUCGAGUUUGCUACUUACCUGCUCACGGGAGAAGCAUCGCAUUGGUGGCAGGGGGCCCGACGACUCCUACAACAGGGUGAUGACCCUAUCACUUGGGAUGCCUUCCAGGUGGAAUUCUACAAGAAGUACUUCCCAAAUUCUGCCCGGAUGGCAAAAGAACUUGAGCUAUUGCAGCUGAAGCAGGGAGCUAUGUCUGUAUCUGAUUACACAGACAAGUUUAACGAGCUGUUCACAUUUUCUCGCAUGUGUCAAGGAGCUCCGGGAGACUUCGAGGAGUUGAAAUGCAAUAAGUAUGAAGGAGGGCUCUGA